AUGAGCUACGAAACAGUGUUACCAGCAAGUGUAUUGACCUUAAACACUGAACCAUUUCCUUCAUCAUCUGCCAACGAUUCAAAGCAAAUAUCCAAACUCAUUCUGAGAUCAGCACUACAGAAGGCCAAUGUGGCAGUGCAGUGUGAUUCCACUAACGAUGUCAUGGGAGCGAUUAAUUCCUACAAGGAAGCCAUCUUAUUACUGGAACGUGUCUUGUCUACAGUGGAUAAGGAAAAUGAUCGACACAGGCUACAAGAAAUACAUGAUUCUUAUUCUGAACGGAUUCGACUGUUAAGUGCAAUUACGCAUAAAGUAGAUACAGAUAAAGAUUGGUUAAAUUCUAAACCAAAGUAUUCAUCCGCCAAAAUGAUUCGAAAGAUGACUUCUUCUUCCUCAAUUAUUGACCAUCACUGGGAAUCCUCACCUCCUUCCCCUUCUUCUUCUUCCUCUUCAGUUAGGUUUGUUAGUAACGGAAAGGAGAAAAUAGCUUCCUCGCCACCUAUCCUACAAUUACAAACCUCAAAAAGUACUCCUACCACCAAACAUUCCAAAGAACCCGUCACACCUAUCAUUACAAGACCUCCCAGACAUGGCUCCAGAAUUAUCAUCAACAAUAACAGUAAUAGAUCAUCUGUGAGCUCACUAAGUUCCGUUGAUUCUGAUACCUCCAUUGUCGAACAGCCUUCUAUGGCUCUACCCUCACUCAAAGACACUCCUAUACCCAUCAAAAAAUCCGUCUUUCGUGCACGCACCAGUAGUUUACCUAAAUCACCACCUUCCAUGCAAAGAUCCUCUUCCAUGUCCACUGUCGAGGAUGUUGAAAAGGAAGAUACGCCCGUCAAUGUGGUAAUGGCAAGACCUAUCGUCAGUCGUCCCUCUGUCAACGGCAGUUUAGGUUCCAUGCGGAAAAAAGCUGCCAAUCGUUUGUCCAUGGAUGGUUUUGUCUCUCGCAAGACGCCUUCCUAUGGGUUCAUCCUUAAAGAUCAAAUGACCUAUGACAUGACAGAUGAAGAGGCUGAGCUAGAGGAUACAGGCCAUCUCAAACUUUUGCUGGCCAUUGAAAAAAGCAUGUUAGAGGGUGCUCAUAUCACUCAAAAGCUAUAUAUACCCAAGAACCUCUGGCAACAGCCCAAUAUCAAACUGUCGUCGAUGGACAUUAAAGUCUCGGCGUGUGAAUCUUUAAUGAAUGAUAUUGCACGACUCGAGAACUGGUCCUACCUGGAUGAUCUUUCCAGCUCCACAAAAUUAUUGGAUAAUUUCGAGAACGCCGUCGAUCAUUUACAGACCAGUUUAUCUAAGAAAUUGAAACGGGAGAGCAGUCAUGCUGAAAACCACCAUCAUAAUACAACUACCAGCAGUGCCAGUAGUGUCAUUUCCACACAAAAGAACUCUCACAUGAUUCACAGCAAUAGUCGGGAUUCCAUGUCCACCAUUAGUAGAAUGGAUAGUGGAAAAAAGACACAGUCUUUCAUGUCGUGGGGUACCAAAUUAACAAAGUCCGUUGAACGCAUGAAUGCCUUCAGUUUAACCAAAACGUAA